AUGAGCUUAUCUCAAUUGGCAUGUCAGUAUCUAGGGUUUGAAGGAGUAUUUGCGACGCUGAGCGGUCCACUGUACGAGUACUCGUCCGUCGAUGCUCCUGCUGAAGCCGAAUCAGUGAUAUGUCCUGCAAACGCCACAAACAUUACCGACUGCUGGUACAGUGAGACUAAAGUGGGACGGAUAAACGAGAGUGAAAUAAUAUCUAUUGCGUGUUGCCCCGUGAACCCGUGUAAUAUAUCUGGUCAACCACUCGGCCUUGAAAGUGGUGCUCUUCCCGAUUCGGCUUUCUCCGAAUCAUCCUGCCAUUCGGCGCCCUACUGCAGCCGUUUUGGCCGCCUGAACUCUGAGACAGCCUGGAUCCCAAACUUGUCCGACCAAUACCAAUGGAUGCAGAUCCAAUUCGAGUCUAGUUAUAUCGUAACGGCCAUAACGACCCAGGGUAGAACAAAAGCCAAACAGUGGGUGACGUCAUACACCUUUUCGUCUAGUUUGGACAGCACGGCUUGGACUGAUUAUUUGAAUGUAUACUCUGGAUCAGUUAAGUUUGAAGACAGUGAGUGA